AUGUCUGCCAGCUACAUGAAAAUGGGAAGUCACUUCAGGUUUCUGAGUCUUUGCCUCUUGGCACUAGUUGCAUCAACCCAUGCUCAACUUCAGUUGGGUUUUUAUGCUAAAAGCUGCCCAAAAGCUGAGCAAAUCAUCUUGAAGUUUGUUCAUGAGCAUAUCCACAAUGCUCCAUCACUGGCAGCCGCAUUAAUCAGAAUGCACUUCCAUGACUGUUUCGUGAGGGGAUGUGAUGGAUCAGUGCUUCUGAACUCAACAACCAAUCAAGCUGAAAAGAAUGCUCCUCCAAAUCUUACAGUAAGAGGCUUUGAUUUCAUUGACAGAAUUAAGAGCCUUGUUGAGGUUGAAUGCCCUGGUGUGGUCUCUUGUGCUGAUAUCCUAACUUUGGCUGCCAGAGACAGUAUUGUAGCCACAGGUGGACCCUUUUGGAAAGUUCCAACAGGUCGAAGGGAUGGGGUCGUCUCUAUCUUGGAGGAAGCCAGAAAUAACAUUCCUGCUCCAUUUAACAAUAUCACCACCCUGCAAACACUCUUUGCCAAUCAAGGACUUGAUUUGAAGGACUUGGUCCUGCUCUCUGGUGCUCACACCAUUGGUGUGGCUCAUUGCUCAUCAUUAUCAAACCGGCUGUUCAACUUUACUGGCAAGGGUGAUCAAGACCCCUCACUAGACAGUGAAUAUGCUGAAAAUCUGAAAACCUUCAAGUGCAAGGACAUCAAUAAGUUGAACAUCACAAAAAUUGAGAUGGACCCUGGAAGCCGCAAGACAUUUGACCUUGACUACUACAGACAAGUGAUUAAGAGAAGGGGUCUAUUUGAGUCAGAUGCUGCAUUGUUGAAUAAUUCAGUUACUAAGGCUCAAAUCAUCGAAUUGCUUCAAGGGUCAGUUGAAAAUUUCUUUGCUGAGUUUGCCAACUCCAUCGAGAAAAUGGGAAGCAUUAAGGUUAAGACAGGGACAGAAGGAGAGAUCAGGAAGCAUUGUGCAUUUGUAAAUAGCUAA